GGAGCUGCUUCAAAGGGAACGAUCCUUCUCCCCAGAGGUCUGAGAGGGCCUGGUUAGUCAGUGUCCGCGAGACAAGCGGUCUCCGUCGCUUGGCUGCGGGGGGCGGGAACGACCGCCUCUCGGCCCACCCGGACUUUGGGGUGCGCGCGGGGCGGGACGAAGGGGAGAAGCUCGCGAGCCCGGCCCGGGCCUAGGCGCCUCGCCUAGUUUGACCCUAUCCGCGCUCCGUACCUCCCUCUGAGCCGGCGGCGGGAACAUGGCCGCCGCUGCCGCCGCCGCCGCGACUGUCACCCUCUUAGUAACGGAGAAAGUUUUCCAACAAUCUGGCCUCUGUUAGUCCCGGUCCGCCCGCAGGUCCCACUCGGGGCCAACCUCCUGACGUCCCCCGCACGCCGAGACGUCCGGGCCCCAGAGAGUGGAAGAGCCGGCCCCGGCAGAGCCAGACUCAUUUCACAAACAUAUGAAAAUCUACCAUGUUCCAGGCACUGUGCUAGGCACUGGGAAUACAAAGACAAAAACUAAUCUCUGCUGUUAAGGACCUUCUGUUCUAUUGGAAGGAGUAAAAACAAAGUAAAACCAGACAUAUAUGCCAAAAAGUCUUCAAAUAAGAUUUCAUCUGAGGAAAUGGUGAAGUAGGAGCUUGCAGAUGUCCUGGAUUUUCUGGAUGCACUACAAACAAUUUUUAUAGUGUGGAGAAAGAGCUUUAAUUGCCAUUUUACAUGUGUAGAUCACUGCGCUACUGUAUUAGUCAUUGUCUGUAUAUGGCAAUGACAAGACUGGAAGAAGUGAAUAGAGAAGUGAAUAUGCACUCUUCAGUUCGAUAUCUUGGCUACUUAGCCAGAAUCAAUUUAUUAGUAGCAAUAUGCCUAGGUCUUUAUGUAAGAUGGGAAAAGACAGCAGAUUCCCUGAUUCUGGUCAUUUUUAUACUUGGCCUUUUUGUUCUUGGAAUUGCCAGCAUUCUCUAUUAUUAUUUUUCAAUGGAAGCAGCAAGUUUAAGCCUCUCUAAUCUUUGGUUUGGAUUCUUGCUCGGUCUUCUUUGUUUCCUAGAUAAUACACCUUUUAAAAAAGAUGUUAAAGAAGAAGUGACUAAGUAUUUGCUUCUGACUUCCAUAGUAUUGAGGAUAUUAUGUGCUUUAGUGGAGAGAAUUUGUGGUUGUAUCCGUCAUCGACCCACUUUACUUACCACAGUUGAAUUCCUUGAGCUGGUUGGAUUUGCCAUUGCUAGUACCACUAUGCUGGUGGAAAAGUCUAUGAGUGUCAUCUUGCUUGUUGUAGGUUUGGCGAUGCUGAUUAUUGACCUAAGAAUGAAGUCAUUCUUAGCAAUUCCAAAUUUAGUGAUUUUUGGUGUCUUACUGUUUUUUUCUUCAUUAGAAACACCUCAGAAUCCAGUUGCCUUUGCAUGUUUUUUUAUCUGUCUAAUUACUGAUCCAUUCCUUGACAUCUAUUUUAGUGGACUUUCAGUUACUGAAAGAUGGAAACCCUACUUGUAUCGUGGAAGAAUUUGUAGAAGAUUUUCUGUCAUUUCCAUUGGCUUGAUUGAGCUUACUUUUUUUAUUCUUUCAGCAUUUAAGCUUGGAAAUUCUUAUCUCUGGUACUUUGUAAUACCAGGGUUUUCCAUUUUUGGAAUUUUCUGGAUAAUUUGUCAUAUUAUUUUUCUUAUAACUCUUUGGGGGUUCCAUACCAAAUUAAAUGACUGUCAUAAAGUCUAUUAUACUCACAGGGCAGAUAAUAAUAGCCUUGAUAGAGUAAUGGCAUCUAAAGGAAUGCGACAUUUUUGCUUAAUUUCAGAACAACUAGUUUUCUUUAGUCUUCUUGCAACAGCAAUUUUGGGUGCAGUAUCCUGGCAGCCAACAAAUGGAAUCUUCUUGAGCAUGUUUCUUAUUGUUUUACCAUUGGAAUCCAUGGCUCAUGGACUCUUUCAUGAACUGGGUAAUUGUUUAGGAGGAACAUGUGUUGGAUAUGCCGUUGUGAUUCCAACCAACUUCUGCAGUCCUGAUGGUCAGCCAACACUUCUUCCUCCAGAUCAUGUUCAGGAGUUGAACUUGAGGUCUACUGGCAUGCUUAAUGCUAUUCAACGUUUUUUUGCAUAUCACAUGAUUGAAACAUAUGGCUGUGACUAUUCCACAAGUGGAUUUUCUUUGGAUACUCUGCAUUCCAAGCUCAAAGCUUUCCUUGAACUUCGGACUACAGAUGGACCCAGACAUGACACUUAUGUUUUAUAUUACAGUGGUCACACUCAUGGUACAGGAGAAUGGGCUCUGGCAGGUGGAGACACAUUACGACUUGACACACUUUUGGAAUGGUGGAGAGAAAAGAAUGGUUCUUUCUGUUCCCGACUUAUUAUUGUACUAGAUAGUGAGAACUCAAUCCCGUGGAUUAAAGAAGUGAGAAAAAUUAAUGAUCAAUAUAUUGCAGUGCAGGGAGCCGAGAUGACCAAGGUGGUGGACCUUGAAGAAGCUGACCCUGCACAGCUUGGUGACUUUACAAGAGACUGGGUAGAAUACAACUGUAAUGCUAACAGCAACAUCAGCUGGGCCGAAAAGGGGCGUGCUGUGAAAGCAGUAUAUGGUGUGUCCAAAAGAUGGAGCGACUACACUUUGCAUUUGCCAACAGGAAGUGAUGUUGCCAAGCACUGGAUGUUAUACUUUCCUCGUGUUACAUACCCUCUAGUCCAUUUGGCAAACUGGCUUUGUGGCCUAAACCUUUUCUGGAUCUGCAAAGCUUGUUUUAGGUGCUUGAAAAGGUUAAAAAUGAGGUGGUUUCUUCCUGCUGUGCUGGACACAGGACAAGGCUUCAAACUUGUCAAAUCAUAAUUAGGAACCAAAGAUGGAACAUGACAGAGUCUUUUACUAUCAAAAAUGACUAACCUGCCACUUUUUAUAUACUAUUUUUUGUGCGUGAAAGUUUCUUGCUACUUUAUAGUUGCACUGUUUUCUUAAGCAAUUGCCAGUAUAUGCAAAGGGUUGGAAACUCUAUUAUUUUAAACUAAAAAGUGUGUGCUUGGUGAAUAACAUUUGUAACCAAAUUUCUCUGUAAGUGUAUAAGAUCUAAUGUGACUGUACAAUUUGAAAAAAGGUUGCAAGUUCACAUAUAUUGGGGAGAGGAGGGGAAGACUGCUCUGAAAUAAUCAUCCAAGAACAAAAAUGCCUUAUUUUCUAGGAGGAAACUAGAGCAUGUACAACAAACUUCCUUGGCUACUAUUAUGGGGGGAAAAAAAAUGGGUGUAAAAAAAUCUCUUGCUCUGAAUAGUAUUAAAGACUGAGUUAAGACCAUUAGAAAGUCCCCAUGCCUAUUGUAAAUAGAAAAGAUCCUUCCUAUAAUGAAUGUUUUAUAGUACAAAUAUGCAAAGCAUGCAGGCCAGUGCCUUGAGAUGCCUUUGCUGUGACCAUUAAGAGAGCAUAGAAUUCAAAAUUAGUCAGAUUAGCUGUAAUCCAUUUAGGUAUGAUAGGCUAAAGGCGAAAUAGAAAUUACUUUUGCAUGCAUUGUUGGUAGCACCUGAAUCAAAAGACUGGACAAUUUUAUAGUCUUAUCUCAGGGUCAUUUCACAUUUUCUUAAGGACAGAAAAUGUUAAAUGCAUAAACCUUCCAAAAAAACUCAAUCUCUUCUUGCAAGGAAUUGUCUUAAGUCAGAAUAUAUUAAUCAAAAAAAAAAAAAAAAGGUUAUUCUGGCUCAUCAGUGCUCAUGUUCUUCCAUAAAAUUUAUUAUUUUUCACCACAUAAAAAUUAAUAUUAUUUAGUUUAGGCUGGUAAGUUUUCUAUUGACACACACAUGAUAUAUUAUGUUAAAAUAUUUAAUAUUAACAGUUUUGUCAAAAUGUGAUAACUUAAGAAAUUUUUAACCACAAUAUUUUCUAUAUUUAAACAGUAGUCUGUGAUCAGUGUAUUCCCUGAGGGAUGGUUCACUCCCUACUCUUACUCAUAAUUUCUCAAAUUUUAAAUUUCUAUUUUUGAGAAAGGAAUAGGAUUAAAUUUGGGGGUCUGUCAGCACUUCUCUAUUUAAGUUACUGUAGCUUUUCAAAAUUAAGCCAUUUUCCCCAAUUUGACAGAGAAUUGAAACUUUACCUUACAUCUACCUCUUUCUACAUGUAAAAAUUGAGGAUCUAGUUACUAAUA